AUGUUCGACAGGCAUCAGCUUGACUACACAGUGGUAGAGACUACCCCCACAGGCGAAUUCUCGCUGGGUAGCUAUCGGGUUUCCCUAAGAGAUCGCACCUGUGAUUAUGGAUACUUCCAGGCGCUGCACUACCCCUGUUGCCAUGCCAUCAUAUGUUAUGUGCAGUCACGACUAGAUUGGGCCAUUUACGUCGAUGAAGUCUACAACAUGUCUAAGGUAUUUAAGGACUAUCAGAUGUCCUUUUCACCUUGCAUUCCAGAGGGGCUUUGGCCCCCGUAUGAUGGUCCGACUGUCAUUCCCAAAUCGAGCAUGAGACGAGCAAGAGAGGGACAACCAUGGUCCACCCGCAUCUGCAACAACAUGGACGAAGCUGACACCAGUCAACCGAAGCGGUGUGACCUGUGCAGGCAGCCAGGUCACACACGAAGGGGUUUCCCUCAGCGAGGUUCUACCAUGUCAUGA